ACCGGGGUGGUUUUAGAACCGAUAAAUAAACUGAAUUACAGGGAAAUUAAAACGGAUUAAUAUGCGGAGCGAAUGGCGCGAAACUUUUCUCUCCUUUUUAAAGGCGGGAGGCGGGAGAGGGCGCACGGGGAUGCCAGUGCUGAUGUUGGGUCAAGUGUGACGCCCUGUAUCUGCUGAUCCCACGUAUCCUGCAGGGAGUGUGUUAUGGGUGGUUAGUGUGUGUGUUUGUGUGUGUGUGUGAUUAACUGUGUGUGUGUGUGUGUGUGUGUGUUUGUGUGUGUGUGUGUAUGUGUAAGCGCCCCGUGCCCAGUCGUCAGUAUGAAUGGGGACAUGCCUCAUGUGCCCAUUACCACCCUCGCGGGAAUCGCCGGGCUAACUGACCUUCUGAACCAGCUGCCCCUGCCCUCCCCCCUGCCCGGGACCACCACUAAGAGUCUGCUAUACAGUGUGCGGGUGGUGGAGGAGGUGGACCGGCUGCUGGCCUGCAGGGACGAUGCUCUGGUGGCGCAGCUGACAGGAGGACUGGCACAGGUCUCUACUGACCACAUAGAGCUGAAGGACAGUCUGAGUUCGGACGAGUUGGAGGGAGAUGUUCCGGUUCUGCUGCAGCUUCUGCUCUCCAGGAACCCCAGUAUCUUCAGGACCAAGACCAGCCCUACCACCCCCCAGUACAGCGCCCAGACUGCAGGUUUGGCGCAGCCGCAGAUGGCACCACCAUUCAAAAUGACCCAUAAUGCCAUGCAGGGCAGCCCGGCCACCACCAACUACCAGCAGGGCUCCAUCACUCACAGCCCGUCAGGGCGGUUUGUUGCAGGUCAGACAGGGUCCGGUGGGCGUUUCCUCCCCCAGCAGACGAGUCCUGUGCCAAGCCCGUACACACCCCAGAGCCCUGUCACUGGGUACAGACAGUUCCCCCACCCCCCAGCAUACGGCCAGCCGCAGCACCUGCAGCCAGGAUCUGUAGCCAGUCCCAUGAUUCCCGGUGAGAUGAGGAACCCCCUCGAGAGUAAGGAUGGAAUGAAUUUUUCUGGAGCUCCGCCCUUGCUGCAGUCGUCUCCGCCCUACACACCCCCACAGGAGGCGGAGCUGCUGUUGGGCUCUGUGGAGAAGGGGCGGGGUCUGAAGGGCGGUGAUGGAGAUAAAGUGGGGGUGUAUGAUAUGGUGGAUUCCCCGGAUGCGGAUGGUGAAAAGGUGCACAUGGUGCGCUCGCGGCCGGCGGUGGAGGCGGAGCUCGGGGGCGUGUUCUCUGGUUCUGAUGCGGAGGGGGAGCUGGUGGAGGCUCUCGCCGCCAUCGAGAGGAUGGAGAGUGAGGCUGCCAUGGAAACGGACCGUACCGCCAAAGAGGUUCAGGACAAAGAUAAGCCACUGAAGAAGAGGAAGCAGGACUCCCACCCGCAGGAGCCGACUGCAGGGGGUGUUGGGGGCGUUGCUUUGGGUAACCGGCUGGCCCCUGUGGAGGGCGGGGCACUGGGCGGGGCUGAAGACAGUUGCACGGCACGCAGUUGGCCACAAGAGCCUCAGGAGGGUGUGACCCCUAAACCCCUCCAGCGUGGAAAUCGGCAAGACGACAAGAAGGCGGACGCUCCGCGGCAGAAGCGCCGGUCCGAUGCUCACCACGACGAGGGAGACGCCAGCAAACCCGGCGAACUUCCGGCUUAUGAGCUCGGGGAGAACUCGGGGUUUAAGGAGCCUGAGGGGGCAGGGCAUGUGGAGGUGGGCACGCCCUUAUGUUGGAAGCAGCCGCGGGUGUGUCUGGAGCGGCUGGAGACGGAGGCGGAGCCGAAGAAGAGCGUGAAGCCUGUGGUGGUCCUGCAGAAGUUGUCUCGGGACGAGGUGGAGCGACUGAUGAAAGAGAAGGAGUCUCGCUCUAAAGCCAAAAACAGAUUGACCUCUGGGAGAUACGGGAAAGGUGUGGGGGACCCCUCCGUGCUGAAGGACCUUCCUCCCGAGCUGCUGGCGGAGAUCGAGUCCACCAUGCCGCUGUGUGAGCGGGUGAAGAUGAAUAAGCGUAAGCGCAGCACGGUGAACGAGCGCCCGCGCUACGCCGAGGACAGCUCAGACGAGGACGGCCGGGGGAACGCUGACUCUGCUCGUAAACGGCAGAAGAAGGACCGUGAUCGGACGUGGGAGUAUGAAGAGAGAGACAGAAGGAACUCUGGAGAACAUCGGCGAGGGGGCGGGCUCCAUGAAGGCCGCAGGGGGCGGGGCAGCCGCUACGAUGACUCCGAGGAUGACUCCCCCCCUCCCAGCCUCAGUGAAGUGGCACGGAGUCUGAAGAAAAAGGAGAAGGAGAAGAAAAGGAAAGCAUAUGAGCCCAAACUCACAGCUGAGGAAAUGAUGGAUUCCUCCACCUUCAAAAGGUUUUGCAACAGUAUAGACAACAUCCUAGAGAACCUGGAGGACGUGGACUUCUCUGUUCAGGAUGAUGAUGAGAUUCCUCAGGAGCUGCUGUUGGGGAAGCAGCAGUUGGGGGAGCUGGGCAGCGAGUCGGCUAAGAUAAAGGCGAUGGGCAUCAUGGACAGGAUCCCCUCUGAUAAGCUGGUGAAGCUGCUGAACAUCCUGGAGAAGAACAUUCUGGACGGAGCAAAUCUCUCCACCCUAAUGAGCCCAGAGAAUGAUGGUGAGGAUGAGGAGCGGUUAUGGAGGGAUCUGAUAAUGGAGCGAGUGACAAAGUCGGCGGACGCAUGUCUGACGUCUCUGAACGUGAUGACGGCGCUGCACAUGCCUAAAGCCGUGUACAUGGAGGACGUGAUCGAGAGGCUGCUGCAGUUCACCAAGUUCCACCUGCAGAACACGCUGUACCCGCAGUACGACCCCGUGUACCGCGUCGACCCCAAAGGAGGCUCCAUGCUGAGCUCCAGGGCUAAGCGUGCUAAGUGCUCCAGCACUAAGCAGAGAGUGAUUAUCAUGCUGUAUAAUAAAGUGUGUGACGUGGUCAGCAACAUCUCAGAGCUCCUGGAGAUCCAGCUGAUGACCGAUACCACCAUCCUUCAGGUGUCCUCCAUGGGGAUCACUCCGUUUUUUGUGGAGAAUGUGAGUGAGCUGCAGCUGUGUGCCAUCAGGCUGGUUACGGCGGUGUUCUCUCGGUAUGAGAAACACAGGCAGUUAAUCCUGGAGGAGAUCUUCACCUCUCUGGCCCGACUGCCCACCAGUAAACGCAGCCUCAGGAACUUCAGGUUGAACAGCAGUGAUGAUGAAGGAGAGCCGGUGUAUAUUCAGAUGGUGAGCGCUCUGGUGCUGCAGCUCAUCCAGUGUGUGGUGCACCUCCCCUCCGACAAGGACCAGCUCGAGGACGACCACAAAAAGGUGGAUGAGGAUGUGCUGAUAACUAACUCGUAUGAAACGGCUCGGCGAACGGCUCAGAACUUCCUCUCGGUCUUUCUCAAAAAGUGUGGCAGUAAGCAGGGGGAGGAGGACUACAGGCCGCUGUUUGAGAACUUUGUGCAGGAUCUUCUCUCCACAGUCAACAAACCCGAGUGGCCGGCGUCUGAGCUGCUGCUCAGCCUGUUGGGACGAUUACUGGUGCACCAGUUCAGUAAUAAGCAGACGGAGAUGGCUCUGAGAGUGGCGUCUCUGGACUAUCUGGGCACUGUAGCAGCUCGGCUCAGAAAGGACUCUGUUACCAGCAGAAUGGAUCAGAAAGCCAUCGACCGCAUAUUACAAGAGAGCUCAGGAAACGAUGAAACUCAGCAGCUACAGAAAGCUCUGCUGGACUACAUCGAUGAGAACGCAGAGACUGACCCGGCGCUUCAGUUUUCGCGGAAGUUCUACAUCGCGCAGUGGUUCAGGGACUGCACCACCGAGUGUGAGAAGGCCAUGCGGACUCAGAAGCAGGACGACUCUGACGGCGCUCAGCACGCUAAAGAGCUCCGGGCCACUCGAGACAUCAUGCAGCGAGCCGAGGCCCGCAAAAAAUUCCUCCACACCGUCAUCAAAGCCUCCACAAAUCAGUUUACUACGCUCAGGAUGAAUUCAAACACUGUUGACUAUGAUGACGCCUGCCUUAUUGUACGCUACCUGGCCUCCACCAGACCCUUCUCCCAAAGCUUCGACAUCUACCUGACACAGAUUCUGAGGGUGCUGGGGGAGAGUGCGAUUGCUGUCAGGACCAAAGCCAUGAAGUGUCUCUCUGAGGUGGUCGCUGUGGACCCCAGUAUUCUGGCCCGGGCGGAUAUGCAGCGUGGAGUGCACGGGCGUUUGAUGGAUAACUCCACCAGUGUGCGGGAGGCGGCGGUGGAGCUGCUGGGCAGGUUUGUGCUGAGCCGCCCUCAGCUCACAGAGCAGUACUACGACAUGCUCAUCGAGAGGAUACUGGACACGGGGAUCAGUGUGCGGAAGCGUGUGAUAAAGAUCCUGAGGGAUAUCUGUCUGGAACAGCCGGAGUUCACCAGGAUCACAGAGAUGUGUGUGAAGAUGAUCCGCAGAGUCAACGAUGAGGAGGGAAUCAAAAAACUGGUAAAUGAGACGUUCCAAAAGCUGUGGUUCACCCCUACGCCCAAUCACGACAAAGAGGCCAUGAACAGGAAGAUCAUCAACAUCACUGAUGUGGUGGCAGCGUGUCGGGACUCAGGUUAUGAUUGGUUCGAGCAGCUCCUGCAGAACUUACUGAAGUUGGAGGAGGACUCGUCCUAUAAACCCACCAGGAAGGCCUGCGUCCAGCUGGUGGACAAUCUAGUGGAGUACAUCCUCAAACACGAGGAGGCUCUCGCAGAGCAUAAGAGUGUGAACUCUACGCGUAUGGUGGCGUGCAUCACUACUCUGUACCUGUUCAGCAAGAUCAGAGCUCAGCUGAUGGUCAAACACGCCAUGACCAUGCAACCCUACCUCACUACCAAGUGCAGCUCUCAGAGUGAUUUCCUGGUGAUCUGUAAUGUAGCGAAGAUCCUGGAACUGGUGGUUCCACUGAUGGAGCAUCCGAGCGAAAGUUUCCUCACCACCAUCGAGGAGGACCUGAUGAAGCUCAUCAUCAAAUACGGCAUGACCGUGGUGCAGCACUGUGUGAGCUGUCUGGGCUCGGUGGUGAACAGGGUGACCCGUAACUAUAAGUUUGUGUGGGCGUGUUUUAACCGGUACUACGGCGCCCUGACCAAACUGAAAGUGCAGCACCAGGAGGGCAGUGCCAGCCUGGCACAAGCGGCAACCAAAGCCGCGCUGCUGCGCUCACUAUUCACUGUGGGGGCGCUGUGCCGACACUUCGACUUCGACCUGGAGCAGUUCAAGGGCAACACCAAGAUUGAGAUUAAAGAGAAAGUUCUGGAGCUUCUUCUGUACUUCACCAACCAUGAAGAUGAGGAGGUUAAAUGCAAAGCCAUCAUCGGCCUGGGGUUCAUGUUUAUAAUGCACCCCAGCCAGAUGUUCGUUCCAGAGGUGAAGACUCUGUAUAACGGGCUGCUCUCAGAACCCAAGAGCUCCGUCGCCCUGAAGAUCCAGGUGCUGAAGAACCUGCAGAUGUACCUGCAGGAGGAGGACUCGCGCAUGCAGGAGGCCGACCGAGAGUGGCAGAAGCUGUCUAAGCAGGAGGAUCUGAAGGAGAUGGGAGAUAUCUCGUCGGGGAUGAGCAGCUCCAUCAUGCAGCUCUACCUAAAGCAGGUACUGGAGGCGUUUUUCCACACGCAGUCCAGCGUCCGACACUUCGCCCUCAACGUCAUCGCCCUGACUCUCAGCCAGGGGCUCAUACACCCCGUACAGUGUGUCCCGUACCUGAUCGCCAUGGGAACGGACCCGGAGCCCACCAUGAGGAACAAAGCUGACCAGCAGCUGGUGGAGAUAGACAAGAAGUACACGGGCUUCAUCCACAUGAAGGCCGUGGCGGGGAUGAAGAUGUCGUUUCAGGUGCAGCAGGCCGUGGUGGGCGUGUCAUCGUCUGUGAUUCGCGGGUUCCGUAAAGACGAGUCGGUCACGGCGCUGUGCUCUCACCUCUACAGCCUGAUCCGCAACAACCGGAACCAGCGCCGAGCCUUCCUCAUCUCCAUGCUCAACCUGUUCGACGACAGCUCGAAGCUGGCGGUGAAGAUGCUGUUGUUUAUGGCUGAUAAUCUGGCGUAUUUCCCGUAUCAGAAUCAGGAGGAGCCGCUCUUCAUCAUGCACCACAUCGACAUCACACUCUCCGUAUCCGGCAGCAACCUGCUGCAGACCUUCAAAGAGUCUCUGGUCAGGCCGGCGGAUCGACCCCCCAGGAAGCGGCGUUUGCGGGUGCGGGUGAAGGAGCCGCGGCGGGAGCAGGAGGAGAAGAGGGAGGAGGAGGAGGAGGCAGAGAGAGGUGAGGAAGAGGAAGAUCAGGAGGAAGAGGAGGAGGGAGUGGUGAAGGUGCAGGAGGUGCAGGAGCACGGCCGCGGCUCGGAGGCGGAGUCAGAGUCGGAUUCUGAUCUGGAGGACGUGGAGGCAGUGAUGGAGCGUCUGCCCGGCGACAGUGCCGCCCUGCUGGACUUCGCCCGAGCGUCUCAGGGCAUCCUGCUACUGCUCGUCCUCAAACAGCACCUCAAAAACCUCUACGGCUUCUCCGACGGUAAAAUACAGAAGUACUCUCCCUCAGAAUCGGCUAAAGUCUAUGAAAAAGCCGUGAACAGGAAGUCCAACGUGCACUUCAGCCCUCGCCAGACCAUCGACUUCCUGUCUCACGACGACGUCCACAGCGAGCUCACCGACGACCUGCGGAGGAAGAUCGUCAAGCAGUAUCUUGACUUUAAGCUGCUGAUGGAGCACCUGGAUCCUGAUGAAGAGGAGGAGGAAGGUGAGGCGAGCGCCGCCGUCCGAAACAAAGCCAUCACCGCCCUGCUGGGGGGGGCAGGGGGGGGCAGCAGCCCCCGAAACCACCACCCGGCCGAGUCCGAGGAGGACGACAGCGAGGGGGAGGAGAGAGCGCCGGGGGCGAGUCGGCGCGGGAGGAGAGGUGCGGAGGCUCUGCAGGGGAACCUGGGUGAGUCGGUCAGCGCUCUGGACAUCGUGGCCAUUCACCGGCCGCGGUACCGGGAGCGCCCCCAGCUGGCCCGCGUCAUCCAGCGCACCGCCGAUGGCUACAGCGUCCAGUGGCUCUCCGGAUCCUACUCCAGCUCCUGGACCGAGGCCCGGCGCCGGGACGGCAGGAAACUGGUGCCCUGGAUGGAGAACAUCCGAGAAUCAGACAUCGUCUACAAGAAGAUCUCCCUCACCAGCGGCAACAAACUCACACACAAACUCACACACACACUGCGCAGCAUCUACACACACAGAGACCGCACCUCCAGCUAAUACACACACUAUACACACACACACACACUGCGCAGCAUCUACACACACAGAGACCACACCUUCAGCUAAUACACACACAAUAUACACACACACACACACACUGCGCAGCAUCUACACACACAGAGACCGCACCUCCAGCUAAUACACACACACUAUACACACACACUGAGCAGCAUCUACACACACAAAGACUGCACCUCCAGCUAAUACACACACACUAUACACACACACACACACACAGCGCAGCAUCUACACACACAGAGACCGCACCUCCAGCUAAUACACACACACUAUACACACACACACACACUGCGCAACAUCUACACACACAGAGACCGCACCUCCAGCUAAUACAUACACAGUAACAAACAAGCACUCCAAACGUCACACACACACUUAUUACAGGUCCAGUGAUGCCCAGUGUACUCGUGUUUGAGUCCCCUCACUCCCCUUUACACAAACACACACACACACACACAAUAAACACACACACACACACACACGCAUGCACACAAUACACACACACACAUUACACACACACACUAUAUACACACACACAAAAUGCGCUGUUAUACACUACAGACUAUACCAUUUUCUAUACUGUGUGUAAUGUAUGUGUGAGUGUGUGUAUAAUGUGUGUGCGAGUUUGUGUAUAAUGUGUGUGUGUAUUGUGUGUAUAGUGUGUGUGAGACGCUGGGGACUGAAAUGUUAGGAACAUUUGUACGGGUGCUUUUUGGCUGCUGUGCAGCAGAACUCCCUCUGCUUUGAUUUGUAUCCAGUGUAAAAUAGUUUAUGAUAAAUAUUGUUUAUAUCUAUACAGAAAUGGAAAUAUUUACUGAAUGUUGGAGAAAAUUAGUUUGUUGAUGUUUUUACAUUUUUCCUCCUCUUUUCUUUCUUAGCGCCGGAAUCUUUCUUACAGUCCGGCUCUUCCUGUCGUGGCGCCUCGGCGUCGCCGGCUGUGCGUUUUGUACGAUAGCGGGGUGUGGAUGUAAUUUAUUGUGUAAAGCAUGCAGUAUGCAGCCGGGCCAGCGGCCGCACGUGAUUGGCUGGAACAGUGGCUCCACCGAUGGAACAAAUACUGCAAUAAAUUUUCUACUUCUCUUA